AAGGGUAAAACAGUCCCAUCAAUUUCUGGCCAAAAUACCACUGUACGUAAAGUCUCACUUGGCCAGGGUUUCAAAAUCAACUCCACCCGAAGGGAUCAGAAAACUCUGUUUUCUCCGAUUGGGGUUUUUGGGCAGAAGUAUCCAAUCAAUCACGUAACGAAAGCUGAAUCAAUCGUCUCUUCCACAUUACAUUUCAGAAAAAUCCUUACAUUUAUAUACAACUGGUAGUUUUAAUUGCAAGGAAGACGGAAGACUAGAUUUAGAAGAAGGGAGAUGGAUUUGGACCAGUGGAUAGCGAAGGUUAAAGAGGGACAACAUCUGGCUGAGGACGAGCUUCAGCUCCUCUGUGAAUACGUUAAGGAGAUCCUGAUUGAGGAGUCAAAUGUGCAACCUGUCAAUAGUCCAGUUACUGUUUGUGGGGAUAUACACGGCCAAUUUCAUGAUCUAAUGAAACUUUUCCACACUGGAGGUCAUGUGCCAGAGACAAAUUACAUCUUUAUGGGAGAUUUUGUUGAUCGUGGAUACAAUAGUCUCGAAGUUUUCACAAUUUUGUUGCUCCUUAAAGCAAGAUAUCCUGCCAACAUUACUCUUCUACGCGGGAAUCAUGAGAGCAGACAGCUAACUCAGGUCUAUGGAUUCUAUGAUGAAUGCCAAAGAAAGUAUGGAAAUGCGAAUGCUUGGCGGUAUUGCACUGAUGUAUUUGACUAUCUUACCCUCUCGGCAAUUAUAGAUGGAACAGUACUAUGUGUCCACGGUGGCCUUUCUCCGGAUGUUAGGACUAUUGAUCAGAUUAGGGUCAUUGACCGUAAUUGUGAAAUUCCCCAUGAAGGGCCUUUUUGCGAUCUUAUGUGGAGUGACCCUGAAGAUAUUGAAACAUGGGCAGUAAGUCCUCGAGGAGCAGGUUGGCUGUUUGGAUCCAGGGUUACCACAGAGUUUAAUCACAUCAAUAAGUUGGAUCUAGUUUGCCGGGCUCACCAACUUGUCCAGGAAGGUCUGAAGUACAUGUUCCAGGACAAAGGACUCGUUACUGUUUGGUCUGCUCCCAACUACUGUUAUCGCUGUGGAAAUGUUGCUUCAAUAUUGAGCUUCAAUGAGAAUAUGGAGAGAGAGGUCAAGUUCUUCACUGAAACUGAAGAAAACAACCAGAUGCGAGGACCCAGGACAGGAGUACCUUAUUUCUUAUGAGUGGGUACUUACCUUCUUAAUUGAUAUUAUUUCUGCACUCCGUGCUGUCCCUUAUUAGAGGGAAAUUGAAGCAGAAACUGUCUAAUUGGUGGGAACCAGAUUGCUGUGUGGCUUGCUGCUCUCACAAGAUGGCAAUACACACCCUAGCUUGUUGGGCUGAUCCUGCUUUUGAAUAGUUUGUGCUAUGUAUUUACAAUGGCCUUUAAUGUUUGUUCCCUCUGUUCCAUAAUUAUUCUUCCCUGUGUUAUAUUUUGAAUUCUACCACAGAUCCAAUUACCAGAUCUUAGAUUUCUUCUUGCAAUGCUAGAGUACACUUUUCUUGUCCUGUCAGUCUUCACUUGAAAUAUGAGUCCAUUUACACUCAAAAUGGGAGUAUUAGAAAUUAGUGCACCUGGUAGUUGUUAAGUAUGGUAGUUGCAGCAUCUGAGGUCAAGAAUCAAGAUUUGAGAUUGACUUUUGUUUUGCUUCUCA